AUGGAUAGACGAAACCCUAUUUGUGCUUUAUUCUGCGACAUGACUCAGGCUUUCGAUUAUGUCCAUUAUAAUAUGCUACUCAAUAAACUAGAAAAUUAUGGUAUUAGAGCGCCUCUCCCGCCCGAGCUGCUGGAUAUUCCUGACGAUCUCCCCAGCGAUGGUACCAUAGAAGAGAACUUUGAAGAGGAGCUGGCGACGGCCCCUGAAGUAUAUGCAGAGAUCUCGUCGUCGGCAGAGGAUUGCUUCGCGGAGCUGAACGGCACUGGUCUCGUGGAAGUGGUGGGGGAUGACGAGGUGGGCAGGCGUAUCAUAGUGGUGUCGGCCUGCAGGCUGCCCCCCAGCAAGGACUUGCACCCUGAUAAAUUACUUAGGUACCUGAUGUUUACACUAGACAAAUACGUGGAACAAGACUACAGCGUGGUAUACUUGCACUGCGGCCUCACAAGCAAAAACAAACCGCCUCUAUCUUGGCUGUGGAAGGCCUACAAGGCUUUCGAUAGAAAAUACAAGAAGAAUCUAAAAGCUUUAUACUUAGUACAUCCAACGAAUUUCAUUCGCAUAGUAUGGCAGAUGCUGAAGCCGGCGAUUAGCGUCAAGUUUGGAAGGAAAAUGAUGUACGUCAAUUACUUGCAUGAGCUGCAGCAGUAUAUGAAUCUGGAUAAGCUGUGCAUACCUGACGCCGUCCUUGAGUAUGAUAAAUUGUUGCUGUCCAAGAACCCCAGGGCCGCGGAGUCGGCCCGUCAGAACACAGUUCCUACGGAAACGUCACCAGUAGCGAAGUACAAAAAGAAACCGAAGAGCAGCCUGUCUCCGCCCCCUACGCAGCAGUUCGGCGUCUCACUGGCGUUUAUAAAAGAGAACAAUACAAACAUGGUCGGAGCUAUCCCUCCGGUCGUACGGCAGUGUGUCGAGUUCCUGUCACAGCCCGAUGCUUUAGAAACGGAGGGCAUAUUCCGUCGCUCGGCGAACAUGUCGGUCAUCAAGGAGUUACAACGUGCCUGCAACAGGGGCGAGCCUCUGAGGUUCAGGAAUGACCCUCAUAACGCUGCGGUGCUUCUAAAGACCUUCUUCCGCGACCUGGAGGAACCAUUGCUCACCUUCGACUUGUAUGACGAGAUUAUGGAUUUCCAGAACUGGUCCGCCCGAGACAAGCCGAGAAAAGUGAAGAUUUUGAUCCUCGAGCGACUGCCGUUAGACAACUACAAGUUGUUGAAAUACGUGUUCCAGUUCUUAUGGAAGGUUCAAGAUAGGAGUUGUCUGAACAAAAUGACGACAAAUAACCUCGCAGUGGUCUUCGGGCCCAACUUGGCUUGGCCCCCGAAUGGCCAGAUGUCGCUACUGUCCAUAGCUCCUAUCAACAACUUUACAGAUUUCCUCUUAGCACAUCAGGAGUCCAUAUUCAUCAUCUAAACACUUCUAUCAAACAAUGCCUGUAACAUUGUCUGUAUGCAAACAUAGAUGUGAAUAUUUGAGAAAUGUUGAAUUAGAAAUGCCAAAUUUUUGUUAGAACCUUAAACGGUAGGCUAUGUUAACUUGACAUUCUGCUGUACACAGCUGUACUUUAUUUAUUUAUACGCUAAACUUGAAAAUCGGAUUUACACAAUAGUUUUGGUAAUUUUCAUUUUUUUUGCUUAUUGUUUAUAUAUUUGCAUAAUAUAUAUGCAUAAUGUUUGUGUUUAUAUGUGAAAUGUAUUUCUUGUUGCGACUUUUCAAUAUAUGUAAUUUUUGAAAGACGCUUAUUAAUGAUGCAUGUGCCAGUUAGCUUUGACCCCCUCCAAUCAAAAAUAGAAAAAAAAUAUGAGUGAUUUCAUAAAUCACUACUAGUCACUUAAUCCGACUCAGUGUCAGCAAUAUUAAACUGCUUCCUUGACAAUCGCUAUGAAAUACUGCUUUUGCUUUUUACUACCAAUAAUAAUACAAAUACACAACUUUAUAUUCUUCUAUAGAGUACUCUCUACUACUUUACUAAUCUAUGUAAAAAAAUAUCGUAAACUAUGCAUAAUAUUUGGUAAACCAAAAUAAUAAUAAAAAAACAUGUUAAAGAGCUGUUAAUUUGCACAAAUAUUAAUAAAUAUGCAAUUCAAUAAAUCUAUUGCAUUCUACUAUGGGUAGAAAUUAUAUAAUGUCCAUAAAGAAUCAAUGUCAAUGCAAUAUUCAUAACGACUGGAUAAAUAACAGUGCGCUUUCAUUUACGCUAUUUAGGGAACGGGGUGAAUCGAUAAUACUUAACCUCGAUUGCGUAUACUUUUAAUCGAUUACCGCUUAUUAACGUUGUGUGCAAAACGCUUGACCUUUCACGAAGACAUGUAAUUGACUAAUUAAAGCUUCUAGCUCGAUAUUAUUUAUGCUAUAAUUAUUAUAAAAGUUGCAACUUCAUGACUUACUAUAAAACUGAUGAUAGUGUAGACUGCAUGCAAAGGAACACAGGUUCACGCACAAGUUAUACAUGCGUUAUUAGCGGCUGGGAUGUACAAAUUUUGUUUUCAAUUGUUGUAAGAUUCGAUAAAAUUCUAUUGUCCGAGAGGUAGCGUUGCAAAUACGAAAGUCAGAGCUAGUUGAUAUGUAAAAAAUGUGACAUCUUAAAUUUUACUUAUAGAAACUAGACGUAAUAGUGCUGAAAACAGACGCAAGGAAUAAAUAGUUUUCCCAAAGUAAAGUUCAGCUGUUCGCAUUCACUUUUAAAGAAACUUGAUGUGCUAAAAUAACGUUAGAAGCGACAGAAAAAGUGUAGAAUCGACACAGCAGAGGUAGACUUCUGGACCAUAUUAGCACCACCAUAAAUGCAAUGGGCUCAAGAUCUUUCUAUGGCAUCUCUAAAUCCGAACAAGUGGUAACGAAGAGUUUUCAUGCAGUCUCUUACCAAUUCUUCUCCAAGAGACCAACUCCUUGGAACCGUGCAACUAGCUUGACUUUUCAUAAGAACUUGGACGAAUUUAUGGAUUGGCGUAAAACACUACCUUCGCACCGCCUCCCGGACUAUGACCUGCGUUUAAAUUACAUAAUCGAGGUUCAAUAUUAUGUUACGGAUUCAUUUCAUUGAAAGGCACGAGGAACAUAAAGGUUCGUUACAAUUUCCACGGCAGAAGAUUUCUUUUCAAAUGUUUAGCUUUAUAAAAUACACUGGCUAGAUAAAAAUGAGGUUUGCAUACUUAAUGCCUUCUUUUCACGGUUCAGAAUAGUAUAUGUUCUUAGACCAGCAUGAUUGGUGGUCACGUAUACCUUUGUCAAAAUUAAAUAUUCUCAUAAUGUAACUUGGCAUUCAAAUAAAUCAUUCCUUUUUUAUUACGUAUUGUUUACACGUAAUUUCCGGCACUUGUAUGCGGCAUUUAUCUACAACCGUUUGCGUUUAUUCCAAACUUUAAAAUUUAAUGGGAGGUUUUCUUUUUGAGGAUUUAAAAAGCAAUAGUUUUUUAAAACUCGUUAGAUGACGUUUUACCUGCUACUGGGCUUUAGCCAAAACGCCAAGACUUCUGCACAAAUUGUUCUCAAAAUCUCUUGGUACGGACUACGGAAAGAAUUUUGUUAUAAGGCCUCAAAAUUAUGACAUUGCUAAGAUAUGAUCCUUGCAGUAACGUACCAAGAACAGCGCCAUCUAACCAGCAGCUAGGUAAAUAAUUUAAAAAAAAUAAAAUCUCUCAUUCAUAUGGGAUGAUCAGUUUGUUAUUUGGUAAGAAAAUCUUUUUCUUUGACUCGAAGUGUUACACUUGAUAAAUGCCGAGGAAAAAUGGUUUUGUUGCUAAAUUAUUUCGCAAAUUGCAAUGGACUGAUAGAAAUUAAUGGAUCUGAAGAUACAGGACUGUGGUCGUGUAGAUGUAGGAUGGAAUUCUUACGGGCUACAAUUCUGAGUAAACCUUCUAUAUCUCAUUGACAAUACAAGUGGUUGAUCCCACAACUAUGUAUAUUUAAACAUUUUAACAGAUAUUGGUACAUUGACGAUUGUAGCCCGUAUGAUCUUAUUAAAUAUCAAAGUUUAUACAACUUUUGAUAUUGUCUUCUUGUACUUUGUCUUGUAGUAUAAUAAAUGAUAAAAAUGAUUUUAAUAUGUAAAAUAAUAUGACUAUUAACACAUAAUGUACCUUACCUAUGUUUGUAUGGGGUUGAUGGGGUAAAUUAAAUCUAGUGUCCCAUUGAUGUAGACAUUAAGUUUAUCUGAAGUAGAUUUAUAAUAAGUUAUUAUUCUUUAAUUAUGUUAUCUGAUUGAGGUUUGCAAACCCGUAAGGCCAUGUUCACACUAUGUCGUUAGGGUUGUAUUAUUGUUCACCUGUUUCCAUAAUCAAGACUUGAUAUACAACUGAUAUCUGUCCGUUCACGUACUAAUCUUAACUAAUAUUUGAUAUUUUGUGUGCAGAAGCUAUUGGUGCACUUUUAUAACUUGAUAAUUACUAGCCAUUACAAUAAUAUCGGUCUUUAUGGCAAAGUGGGAAUAUGGGCUUAAGCAAAGUACCUGUAGUGUGUUCAAUGCAAUGUAGGCGUAUGAAGUGACUUUUUGAACGCACUGUACUAAGAUAAGUGUUAUUUAAGGUACGGGUGUGAAGCCGACUGCAGCAAACGACAUGUCGAAGUGCUAUGUCACCACUGGACAUGUCAAACAUGAGUAUUCCAGCGUUGGUAUCCAGUGACAUACGGUGACCGACGUAUUUGAGAACAGUCGGUGGCAAUACGAUACCCUUAUUUAACUGGUGACCCUUGUAAUACUUUUUUUUGACUGUGUGCAAUUUGUCGGAUUAUAAUAAACUCCUUCAAAAGUAUGCUGAUUAUAAGGAGGUUUAGGGCUUCUUAUAGUUCCAGAAACCAGUCUUGCAAGGACAUGUCGCUUGCUGCAGUUACGCGUCCCUCGUACCUUUAUCAAGGCUUACUUCGCGAAGGAUAACAUAUGGAAAUUAUAAUUAAAUAGAAUUAAUAUUAAGAUUGUAUACCAAAAAUAACAAAGAGUAGUGGUUAUAUAGUUUUAAAAACACAUCUUUAUUAGUAAAUCAACAACGUUAUGUAUGUAACGGUAUCAUAGGUGUUUAGGGCCUCUUUAUUAAUAUUUCAUUGGUUAGUAUUUAAUUAUUUAAAACCAGUACAUGUGUGCUACGUAGGAUGUAAUCUCUUCUGCAAUUUGAUCUGUUUGAGAUUUUUUUUAUGUAAGUUCAAAGAAUUUUGUGGAAACGGUAAGAAGAGUAGAAUUAUUACUGGAAAGGUUUAUAUUUUAUUUCUUUAUUGUUCAGAUCAAUCAGAUAAUUAACAUUAGGUAUUAAAAUAUAAUUUAUAGAAUAUGAAUAUUUAUAGAAAUGGUUUCACGAAUUCGCACUCAAUGUUGAUAUCAAAUAUUAUAUACAAAAUAUAUGCAGGUAAAAUGUUGUUUGAUAAGUAAUGUAAUAAAUAACAAUUCAGAAUGUUUUAUACUGCAUAUGAUGAAAAUAACGUUUUUGCAUAUGAAUAGUAUGUAGUUGAUAUAAACGUGACAAGUUGACCGGGGUUCAUUAUGCAAUAAUGCCCUGACUGGAGCAUAAUCUUUCUAUUAAGCCAGUUAACUCGCCAAUUUGUGACUCCGAUGCAAGCUGGUAAUAUUUUCGAAUUAUUAUUCUGUAUCGGUUUUGAUUUCCAAGCAAUUUAUUAUCUUCGUUAAACUACCAGAUAAUAGGGCACUACUUCCUAUGCUAAAUGUUUGCACAAUUAAAUUGACGACAAAAAAUAUCUGCCUAGUAGUUUUGGAAAUAAAUUGCAACAUCCUGUAGCAUUAUGGAUAAGAAUAUGGAUUUUAUACUGUUUUCAGCGUGCAUAUCUAUGUGCUAUCCAUAUAUAUGUAUCUAUGUCUUGAUAUAAAACAAAU